AUGUCCAAGGCCACCCGUUGUGCCAUUGCUGACACUGAGAAGCCUGUCAAAUCUGACUCUCCCAUCAUGGCCAUCUGUGACAAGUCCAAAAUGCAACUGUUGUGUAAUGCAUUGAAGAAGUCUGCUGGAUUCCGGGCAUACAAAAUGGAGAACAACAUUACAAAGGACCUUGCCAAAUUCUCGCUUGCAAACACCAUCUAUGCUGCUCUUAUCGCUGGUGGUCAGGUGACAUCAGAACCUACCCCUUUCUAUUCACCCCCUUUCAAGCCCGACUUUUGUCAUUGUCUACUACCAUCACGACUCAUCAUGGGAAUCCAUGGACUAUGGGAGCGAGUUACUUUAUCUGCUGAAAACAGAACUCUCAAGGAACUCACUGUGUCAGAGCUGAAGACUGAAGGUGUCGAAGGCAACUGCAAGCUCCGAUUAUUCACAAUUGGGAUUGAUGCUAGCCUGUGGAUGCACAGCGUCUGCGCUGUCUUUCGAGUCAACCAUGCAGGAGCUGGAAAAUCGCCAGAGCUGUGGACAUUGUUCUUUCGACUGUGGACACUGCUGAAGCUGCCGCUACAUGCAGUCUUUGUCUUUGAUGGCCUCGAGCGCUUGCCAGACAAAGGUCGCAAGUGCAUGCUGGAGUUGUUUGGCUUUGACUGGACUCAAGCCCCAAGUGAAGCUGAAGCGGAGCCGGCUGCCAUGAAUGUCCACAGUGUCAUUGAUGCUUGCAAAAAUGACAAGGACUAUCUCAAUGUCCAGGUGUUCACGGAAGAUGGCCUUGAACACGGCUGCUCAUUAACGCGAGGAGACUGGCUGCUAAUUGCCCUGCUCGCAGGCGGUGAUUAUGAUCGCAGUGUUCCUGGCUGUGGUAUCGAAAUUGUGCAUAAGGUGGCGCUGCACAGUAAAAUCGGCCAGAUGAUGCUCAAUGCAUUCCUGUCGAUGACGCUGGAUGAAUUCUCUGAGCGGGCUGAGGAGCUUGUUGAGGAUCUGCAUACCCUGCUUUCUACUGAUCCUUACAAUUUCCUUGAGUGCAGGUACAAGGUGGUUGCAGACCGCAUUCCUCAUAGUUUCCCUCAGCAUGCAGUAGUCAGCAAGUAUGUCCACGCUUUCACGUCUUUUUCGGCCACUAGGAAUGGUACAGUGGCACUGCCCUGGGACGUCUCAUUCCACCAACCAGAUCUCGCAAGUCUCGCAGACUUUUGCCGUCAGCAUUUGGGCUGGGAGGAUGAUGCAAUUAUUGAGAAGAUGUAUGGCGGUGUAUGGGAGGGUGCCUGUCUGUGUGCCUUAUGCAAGCCACUAACACUGCCAAAAUACAUGCCAACAAUGACUGUGUAUGAGGACCCUGCAUUCAAAGAUGCAUUUGAGACCAUACCGAACAGAUGCUCCAACAAAGUGCUGGCACUCUACAUGUCCCUGAAAGGAUUCCACGAGAAUCUCAGCAAAACUACAGUCGAGAGCAUCCGUUCAGCAUUCAAGAAGAUGUGGGAGUUAUCAGAUGGUGACACCUAUCACGGCAAAUGGCACUUCAACGAGGCGAAACAGCAUUGGGAAGGAAACCCCACCGAUUCCACAGACAUCUAUGAUGUGCUGUCGUCCAUCAAGCAUAAGGCAAGUGCGGAGGGUGGAGAUCAGACUCACUCGAUGGCGAUGACAAAGGACUACAUGGACCGGGCAUUCUGA